UUUUGAAUUACUAGUUAAUUAAAAAUGUGGUAAUUAAAAAUGUAUUAUCUUGAUGCGUUUUCUGGUCCUCACCUACAGAGGAGCAGUGAAGGGGGUAAAUCACUUUAAUAGCUUUCAUGCUGUGGGGAGCCGCAGACUAGAUCUACUAAAAUGCAAAUCAUUGUCUCAUCGCAGCAGAGAGGCCAUUCCUCUUGAAAGAUCAUGUGACUUCAGAUGUGAAGCAGAUAACUUCAGCCCAUCCCUUUCUCUGCCUGAGAUUCAGGAAGCAUGUUGACAAAACAGCUCUGUAUCCGCAUGCAGGCAGUGCAGCUGUAGAGCUGCAGUCAUGAGCUUUCACAUCAGGCUGGACGAUGAAAAUGGCAUUUUCCACUGACUGCUUUCGAAAAGCAAGGAUCAAGACAUUUCCUCUCAGGAAGCUAUAUAAGUACGUGGAGAGCAACUGUAUUGCAGUUCAUGAGCUCCAGAGCCCCAGAGAGAAUUAGGGCACCUGUUCUACAGAUCUGCACCCCUCAUUGUGCAGUUCUGGUUUCAGGAAAGGACUGCUUUAUCUUAAAAAAAAAUCUUCUAAAGAAGCUCUUAUGGGAAAAUCUCUGCACUGCUGAAGCAUAAAAAAAAAUAACAGGACUGGUAGCAAGAGCACAGCUGAUACACUCCUUGUGGCUGAAGGAACAACACAGGAAAUGCUACCAGCUGAGAGAAAUGUUUCCUGUCAGGAGCAACUAAACUGAUGGACGUCUGCACUGGAGCCAUGGGAUGUAAAACUUCUGUACUUGUCCAUGAGGCAAAAAAAUCAGAGAGAGCUCUUAAAGCCGCUAUCCUCAUCCAGAGGUGGUACCGUUUGACAAUGGCCCGGAUAGAGAUGAGGCGCCGCUGUGCUCUGAGUAUCUUUCAGUCAGUUGAAUAUGCUGAUGAGCAAGCUCAACUGCAGCUAUCCAGCUUUUUUACAUUCUUGCUGGAUCACUUUACUCGUCCUGAUGCAGAUUCUCACUUUUUCACCAGCCCUCAGAGGACAAACUCAGACUUAACAGAAUAUGAAAACAGUAUUGAUGUUCCAGACUCCUAUUAUGGACCACGACUCAAAUUCCCCCUUACUCCUGCAGAUGCCAAUGCUAUUCUUGAUGCUUUCAAGAAUGAAGAGACGCUUCAUGCCCGCUAUGUGCUGCAGCUGUUUCAUGAAACCAGGAAGGUUCUUAAGGAGAUGCCAAACAUCACUCAGCUUUCAACUUCCUACACCAAGGAGAUAACUGUCUGUGGAGAUUUGCAUGGAAAACUGGAUGAUCUUUUGCUGAUAUUCUAUAAGAAUGGUCUACCUUCAGAGAAAAACCCUUAUGUCUUUAAUGGUGAUUUUGUUGACAGAGGGGAACAUUCUAUUGAAAUACUUAUAAUCCUGUUUGCAUUUCUUCUUAUCUACCCCAAUGAUUUACACUUGAAUAGAGGAAACCAUGAAGACUACAUGAUGAACCUGAGAUAUGGCUUCACAAAAGAAGUUUUGAGGAAGUAUAAGGUCCAUGGGAAAAUAAUUUUGCAUCUUUUGCGAGAUGUCUUUAGCUGGCUUCCCCUCGCCACUAUAGUUGAUAGCAAAGUUCUUAUCCUACAUGGAGGAAUUUCAGACACCACAGAUUUGGAUUUCCUGAAUUUAUUUGAGAGAAACAGGGUGAAAUCUUUGCUGCAGCCACCAAAGUCAGACAGCAAGGAUCAAACAAAGGAAAAAGCUCCCAGUACCACACCCAAUAAACACAGUGCUAAUCAGAAUGUUUCAGGGAAAAAGAAAGCCAUAUCUUCAACAGAGGCCAGCCCUAGAAGACAUAACUUUUCCUAUGCAAUCGCUGAUGAGCACCAGAGAUUUGCGCAGGAUGGCAGGAACGCAGGCUCCCUCUCUGCGACACUGGUUUCAGACCCAGAUUUUGAGCCAGAGCCCACCCAGAAGGAAUGGCAACAAACCCUUGAUAUUCUCUGGAGCGAUCCAAGAAGCCAAAGGGGCUGUACCCCAAACAAGUGCCGAGGAGGUGGCUGUUACUUUGGCCCUGACAUCACUGCCAAGGUGUUUGAAAGGUACAACCUGAAGCUGCUUAUCAGGUCUCAUGAAUGUAAGCAGGACGGUUAUGAGGUCGGUCAUGGUGGCAAGGUUGUCACUAUUUUUUCUGCCUCUAACUAUUAUGAAGACGGGAGCAACCGGGGAGCAUACAUCAAACUGAAUCCUGAUCUGAGUCCUCGUUUUAUACAGUAUCAAGUCAGUAAAAAAACCUGCAGACAGAAUCUGCAGGAGAGGGUUAGCACAGUUGAAUCGUCUGCCUUAAAAUCCUUACGAGAGGUGAUCUAUGCACACAGGACUGAACUCACAGAAGCCUUUAUGAAGAAAGAUCCCACUGGUGCAGGCAGACUUCCUAUCACUGACUGGGCAGAAGCGAUGGAAUCUGUCCUACACCUGCAGCUGCCCUGGAGGACGCUGCGGUCACAGUUAGCACAGACGAGCCCCGAUGGACGCAUCAAAUACAUGACAUGUUUUUAUGAUUUGAAAGUGGAAAAACCUGUAAAGGAGCAGGUUCAGCCAGCUUUGGUGGAAACGGUGUGCAGAUACAGAAAGGAUCUGGAGAUAAUCUUUAACUUCAUUGAUAAAGAUCAUUCAGGCCUGAUUUCUCUUGAGGAAUUCCGCCAGACGUGGAGGCUCUUCUGCGUUCACAUGGGAAUCAAAAUUGACAACGAAUCCAUCAACAAGUUAGCCCACAGCAUAGACUACAACAAAGAUGGCAACAUCGACUUCAACGAAUUUUUAGAGGCCUUUCACAUGGUUCAUAGACUAGAGAAUAAGGCAAGCUAAUGAAGAGGCAGAACUACUUGGAGUUCCUGGUGGAAGCUCAACUCACCUUUCUGCCACUAGUCAUGGGCCACGUGGAAAACGAGUUUCCAGACUGGCAAACAAUGAAUGGGCUGCUUGAUUUGGUAAGGUUGAUAAAUACAUGGGCUAGAACAAAAGCAUCGUGCUCACUGUGUAAGCCUUUAUUUAGUCCCUUCUGUAUAUCUGCUAAAAAUGAGAUAGACGAGGUGAAAAACCACUACUUACAGUAUUACAGCAUCACUGCCACAUCAGCAUGUUAGGAUUUAUCCUCACCCUUGGUGAGCUCUCACCCAACGAUCGGCUUUGUGAACACUGCCAACGUAAGACCUAUAACCUAGUCGGAGAGAAACUUUGGUAUGUUUUUCUCAGCAGCCCUUAGAAGCAGUUGAGGAACUGUACUGAUUACCAUGAGGAGCAUAUCAGAUUCUCCUUGACUAAUAACAUGGAACUAUAACAGGAACAAGAGAGGCCUUCUGUGGACUAUCCAAUCCAGGAGGGAAAAAACAGGGAAGAAGAAACAGCUAGUUAAAAUACAUAGUUCUGAAUUUAACCUUGCUCUUUGCAUGUUGCAGUGACAUUAAACAUUCCAGGUCACUACCCAUCCUUAUUGAAGUUUACAGACACAAAGCUAAAGGAUACUAUUUUAAAAGUGUUUACACUUCUAAUAGAUUGCCUCUUGCCACUGGUUACUCUUGCCUACAUUUGUGGGGGUUUUGGCUAAGAAGUCUUAACUCAUGGUCUUACUGAAGGCUAAAACCACAGCAUGUUAUCAUGACGUGACAGAUAACAAAAUAAAGCUUUAGCUUUCACAGUAAUUAAAAAAGGUAGUGUCUUUUUGCCUGUAUUUUGGUAUCCUACAUAUAUUACAGUAAAACACUGCUUUUUUCCUGAACAUGAACUGGGUUUCUUCAAAAUGAAGAGAUGAGUAAGAACACAAAAGUAAGCAGAUUGAUACUACUGAACCUAAGAUUCUUGCAUAAAAAGUUAAGCAUAAAUUCUUUGAUUUUAUCAAGUACAGUAAACUGGUAAAACACCAAACCGAGUUUCUGGACCAUGCCAAGAUGGAAGACUGUAACCACCCUCCCCCAGCCCCACACGCUGCAGGCCGAUACCCUCAGUCCUCUAAAUGCCGCCCCUGCCUGCUCCUCAGCGUACGGGGGAGAGCAGGGAGAUCCGGACCCUCUCUUGUGUACUGCACUCUGAAACCAACACACUGCUUCAAACGAGGUGCAGCCAAAUUCAGUCUCAGUAAAUACAAUGACAGUAAAUACAAGGUGCUUUUGAGUGGGGAAAGGUCCAGCCUAGCCAGUCUCUAAAAUUUAAUGAAAGCUGAACAGAGUUAAGUAGCUAGUUUUUAUUUAAGAAUAAGUUUCAAAAGUACAAAAAAAGCACCCUUCCCACUUUAGCACCACAGACUGUAAUACCAGCCCAUGUUUAAGCUGCUCUUUAUAUUUUUUUUAAUCAAUUACAUACAAAAGGCUUUUCCAGAACUAUUCUGUAACCUUACAGAGGAACAAACACAUACGCAAUUAUUUCUACUGGAAAGAAAGAUAACAAUUUUUUAAGAGUGCAAACAUACAGCUUACAGUAAAAUUUUAGCAGCGCUGGUAAUAUCAAAUGCAUAUUUAUAGCAUGCAUUUAUUCCCAUCUAUGCACUGUGAGGACUGUUCCCACCUUAUUCCAGUGGAGCAACGAAAAGAAAGCACGCCGCAGUGCUUGGUGGGAUCUCGCUUCUCUGAUCCUCCCGAUUGGUGUCCACCAGUUUUCUUAUUGGGGACACCAAGCAACGAGGUGGAAGGGGACAGUGCAACCCUGAGCCCUUUCUUGCCGCCACCCCCCUUCCAAAAGUGCGGGGAGGGGGAGUAAAACUAGGGUGCGUGACAAGAGACGAGAGCUCAGAAACAUCCUUGACACCCUCAGCUUAGAUGUCCCCUCCCAGUCACGUGCUCCUGAAGCUACUCUAAAAUUAACUUGAAGGACGCUCGCCUUGAGGGAUCACUUCAUGAGCGGGGAUACUAAAGGUAAGGUCAUAGACCAGUGCUUCACUUAGCAUACACUGAAAAGAGGCUUGUAGGGAUAUAGUAGCAAACUAUGAGAGGAUCCGCGUCAUCUAGACACAAAAAAAGAAGAAGAAGAAAAAAGCCUCCCUGGUCAGCCAUUAUAGGCACACAAGAGCCUAUAAUGGCAAAGGGGAAAGUAAAUAUGUGUAACAUGUAAUGCCACCAAUAAAAAUCACCUAAAACUAAAACUAGGUUU